UCCUUUCGAACAAGUAAAAAUGGCGACAUCGAAGGGUGCGAAUACGUACAAUCGACAAAAUUGGGAAGAUGCGGAAUUUCCCAUUUUGUGUCAAACAUGCCUUGGAGAUAAUCCAUACAUCAGAAUGAUGAAGGAAAAAUAUGGGAAAGAGUGCAAGAUAUGUGCCCGCCCUUUUACUGUAUUCAGAUGGUGUCCCGGAGCCCGUAUGAGAUUUAAGAAAACAGAAGUGUGUCAGACAUGCUCCAAACUGAAAAAUGUCUGUCAGACAUGCUUGCUAGAUCUGGAGUAUGGCUUGCCUGUCCAGGUUCGAGAUGCUGCUCUAAAAGUUCAAGACAAUAUGCCCAAGUCAGAUGUGAACAAAGAAUAUUAUACACAGAACAUGGAGAGAGAGAUUGCAACUAAUGAUGGAACAGCACCUGGUGGUGCCCUAGGGAAAGCGAUGGCACCCAGUGACAUGCUUCUUAAACUGGCCAGGACUACCCCAUACUACAAGAGGAAUCGCCCACACAUUUGUUCAUUUUGGGUCAAAGGAGAAUGCAAGCGAGGGGAGGAAUGUCCAUACAGACAUGAAAAGCCGACUGACCCAGAUGAUCCUCUGGCCGAUCAAAACAUCAAGGACCGCUUUUACGGCAGCAAUGACCCAGUGGCAGAUAAAUUAUUACAGAGAUACACAGACAUGCCCAAACUCACUCUGCCAGAGGACAAGACAAUCACCACACUCUACAUCGGAAAUCUAGGGGAGAAAAUUGGGGAAAAGGAACUUAGGGACCAUUUCUAUCAGUUUGGAGAGAUACGCAUGAUAAAUGUGGUGGCUAAGCAGCAGUGUGCUUUUGUGCAAUUCACAUCAAGGUCCUCAGCGGAAGCUGCUGCCGAGAAAUCAUUUAACAAACUAAUUGUUGGCGGGCGUCGUCUCACCAUCAAAUGGGGCAGGUCCCAGGGGCAACAGCUGGCUCUGAAGAAGGAGGGGGAGGAGGAUGACAAAGAUCUGGAGCCCGUCCCUGGUCUCCCUGGGGCUUUGCCUGCACCCCCUGAAGAGAUUGCCAACAACUUCUUUAAUCUCAGCAACCCACCCCCACCCAUGGGCAUGCCUCUCAGACCCCCACCCCUCGGGAUGCCACCUCGAGGGCCUCCCAUGAUGCCCUAUGGAAUGGCCAGAGGACCCCCUCCUCCAGGUGUGCGACUGCCCCCUCCACCCCCAGGAAUGAUGCCCCUGAGACCCCCUCCUGGUCCUCCCAGAAUGACCCCAGUGACCUCUGUGGCUGUCCACUACCCCUCACAAGAUCCGACCAGGAUGGGAGCCAUACCAUCCGCUGGAAAUACUUGAACAUGAACAACCCUUAACCUCUAAUUUGC